AGUCGGCCGGAUGAUGCUAGGCUGUUCGGAUCGCGCGUCAUGUGACCUCCGAACUCUCGUGGCCCAAGAUGGCGUUGCUCAGGCUGCUGUCGCUCCUGCUGGUCCUGCUGGUGCUUGUGCGUGCGGGCAUCGCGAAGAGGAGCAGGCACAACGCCUCGCAGGCGUUCCUGCAGCAGCACAUGCGAAGCAGGACUUCGGUGUUGACGGAAAAGGACUCGGAUUUUUUGAAUAAAGGAAAGAUUUGUAUUGGUACAAAUGGCCGAAUGUCAGUUCCCUCGAAUCGAGAUAGGCACUACAGAAACUUGAAGGACCGCUACACCAACUGCACCUACGUAGAUGGCAACCUCGAACUAACAUGGCUCCAAGAAGCGAACCUGGAUCUCAGUUUCCUGCAGUACAUCAGAGAAGUGACCGGAUAUGUUCUGAUAUCCCACGUUGAUGUCAAAAAAAUAGCCCUCCCGAGACUACAAAUCAUCCGUGGAAGGACCCUAUUUAAGAUGAACGUCAUAGAUGAGGAAUUCGCUCUAAUCGUCACACUCUCCAAGAUGUACUCGCUAGAACUACCAGCUCUCAGAGACGUACUCAAGGGCAGCGUCGGCUCUUUCAACAACUACAAUCUCUGCCACGUGAAGACCAUCAACUGGAAGGAAAUCAUGUCGGAUCCGGAAGGAAUAUUCUCCUACGUUUACAACUUCACUUCCCCUGAGCGAGAAUGUCCGCCUUGCCACAAAGACUGCCAGUACGGGUGUUGGGGAGAUGGCCCCGAGAAUUGUCAGCAGUUCUCCAAGGAGUUCUGCAGUCCUCAAUGCUCGCAAGGUCGCUGUUUCGGGCCGAGACCACGGGAAUGCUGCCAUCUGUUCUGUGCAGGAGGCUGCACAGGUCCCAAACAGAGCGACUGCAUAGCUUGCAGUAACUUCUAUGACGACGGUGUUUGUACUCAGGAGUGUCCGCCCAUGCAGAUAUACAACCCGACCACGUAUUCCUGGGAGCCCAAUCCAGCAGGGAAGUACGCUUAUGGUGCGACGUGUGUUAAAAAGUGUCCGGAACAUUUGCUCAAAGAUAACGGUGCUUGUGUGAGGACGUGUCCCCCUAAUAAACAUGCCAAUGAGGGAGAGUGCGUACCUUGUGAAGGACCGUGCCCUAAAACCUGCAUAGGCGAAGGCACGAUCCAUUUCGGUAACAUCAACAGCUUCAGGAAUUGUACCGUGCUGGAAGGUAAUCUGGAUAUCCUGGAGAAUUCUUUCAAAGGCUUCCAGAACGUGUUUCCGAAUUAUACGUUUGGGGAACGUUAUCCUCCAAUGCAUCCCAGUGCGUUAGAAGUGUUCAGUACGUUGAAAGAGAUCACGGGGUAUCUCAACAUACAGGCCUACCACCCUGAUUUCAAAAAUUUAUCGUACUUCCGCAACUUGGAAGUUAUUGGAGGUAGAGCACUAUAUGAAUAUUCGACCUCCUUGUACAUUGUGAAAACCUCUUUGGAGAUUCUGGAACUCAGAUCUUUGAAACGAAUCAACAUGGGAACAGUUGCAAUAUUGGAGAAUAAACACUUAUGUCUAGCAGAAGGUAUCAAUUGGGAUCUAAUUCGCAAGAGCCACGAAAACCGUUUGAUGCUAUCGAAUAAUAGUGAUAUUGAGAGCUGUAAAAUGGAAGGUUUAGUUUGUGAUGCCCAAUGUAGUAAGCAUGGAUGCUGGGGACCAGGACCAACUCAGUGUCUCUCUUGUGAUAACUUCAAACUUGGAAAUCGGUGUCUACAAAACUGCAGUGUAGUACAAGGAAUUUAUGAGGCAGAAAACAAAGAAUGCAAGCUUUGCCACGAUCAGUGCGGAUCAUCGUGCCACGGUCCUGGAGCCAACAACUGCACCUCCUGUAAACAUUUCCGCGACGGCAACUUUUGCGUACCCAAGUGCCCUUCCAAAAAGUACGAAGAGAACGGUUUGUGCAGACAAUGUCACUCAAACUGCAACUCGAACUGCACAGGUCCUGCAAACACCUUCGGACCAGGAGGUUGCGAUUUCUGCGAACUGGCUUUGAUGAACGACAGCGGAAAAUACGUGUGCCUUCGCGGGAACGAGAGUUGUCCGGAAGGAUAUUACUAUGACUAUAUCAGUAUUCAUAACCAGGAGAAGUCGGAUUAUAAGCUGAAUGUGAACGCUAUUUGCAGGAAAUGCCAUCCAAGAUGUAAAAUAUGUUCUGGAUAUGGCUUCCACGAAUCCAGCUGCCAAGUUUGCACACAUUUCAAGAAAGGAGAACAGUGCGAAGACGAAUGCACUCCAGACUACUAUCCCGAAGUCAAAACCAACGAGUGCAUAGCAUGUGACAGCGAGUGCCGUGGCUGCACAGGCUCUGGCCCUGAAAACUGCCUAGUUUGUCAAAACUUCAAAAUCUUCGAAGAUGGUUAUGCAGACCCGAACAGCACCUCCUUCAUAUGCGUAUCUUCUUGCCCGGAAGAAUUUCCUCAUAAAGUCUUUCCUGACGAUGGACACGCCUAUUGCUCCAAUGUUGCAAUAAGCUCAUUCAUAUCAGCGGCGAAAAAUCCAGUAGAUAUAAUCAUCAUAGUUGUAGCUGUGGUUGGUGGUACCAUGAUACUCUUCCUUCUCGUUGGCAUCUUUUGUUUCUACCAACGCCGAGAAAGGCUCAGGGAAAGUGCGAUGAAGAUGACGAUGGCUUUGACUGGUUUAGAGGACAACGAACCAUUGAAACCGAGCAAUGUUAUGCCUAAUAUUGCGAAACUUAGAAUCAUCAAGGAAACAGAAAUUCGAAAAGGAAACAUUCUUGGUUUUGGAGCUUUCGGUACAGUCUACAAGGGUGUUUGGAUACUGGAAGGUGAAAACUCUGCAAAGAUACCAGUAGCUAUCAAAGUACUCAGGGAAGAUACUGGGGCUAAUAAUAGCAAAGAUUUUCUCGAUGAAGCUUACAUCAUGGCCACAGUAGACCACCCUAACCUACUACAAUUAUUAGCCGUUUGUAUGACUUCACAGAUGAUGUUGAUCACCCAACUCAUGCCACUUGGCUGUUUACUUGAUUUCGUUCGAAAUAAUCGUGAUAGAAUUGGAUCGAAAGCUCUCCUCAACUGGAGUACCCAGAUCGCUAGGGGUAUGGCAUAUCUGGAAGAAAAACGCCUAGUACACAGAGAUCUGGCAGCAAGAAACGUUCUGGUACAAACCCCAGCAUGCGUUAAAAUAACUGAUUUUGGCUUGGCCAAACUGCUGGACAUCAACGAAGACGAGUACAAAGCUGCUGGUGGCAAAAUGCCUAUCAAAUGGUUAGCUCUGGAAUGCAUACAACAUCGAAUAUUCACCCACAAAUCAGAUGUCUGGGCAUUUGGUGUCACGGUAUGGGAACUACUAACCUUUGGUGGACGACCUUAUGAUAACAUUCCUGCUAGAGAAGUACCUGAGCUAUUAGAAAAAGGCGAAAGGCUACCACAGCCACAGAUAGCUAGCAUAGAAGUCUAUAUGAUAAUGAUCAAGUGUUGGAUGUUAGACGCUGAGAGUAGACCUUGCUUCAAAGAGUUGGAAGAUGAUUUCUCGAAGAUGGCACAGGACCCAGGAAGAUAUUUAGCCAUACCUGGAGACAAGUUCAUGAGACUUACAAACUUCACUCUUCCACAGACUGACAAGGAGAUGGUCAGAAACUUAGCUUCUACUAUGGGAUCAACCGAUUGUACAUCAGAAGGUGAUGACCUUCACCUCAGAUCCAGAAGUCAUCCACAUGGUGCUACUCUUGCCGUAUCAUCGAUAUCUCCAUCCCCAACAGCUAACAGCUAUUGGGCAUCGGCUCCUCCCAUGAACUCCGAUGGAAGCACAUCCCAGUACCAGAACCAUUUCAACCAGAAACUCCUUAGAUACGCCCAGUCGCAUGGGCUCGAUCCCAGUGCACAAACAAGCCAGUCGGAUGGUUCCAGCAUAAGAUACUGCGGUGAUUCAGUGAAGAUGCGAGAUGACUUGGGCUCUGACGAAUACGACUCUGCAAGGUCCCAAGCUCAAGUGGGAACCUUGAAACUAGAGUUGCCUGUGGAUGAGGACGAUUAUUUGAUGCCUUCCCCUCAGCAAGCUCAGGGAAACACCACCUACGUCGAUCUAAUUGACUCUAAGAACCCCGAAAGUGCUAGCUCGAAUGUUUUCAAAACUUAUCAAGACUUUUACAAGAACAAUAUUGAUAAUCCUGAAUAUCUCAUGAACAAUGACGCUCCAAGUCAAACAGUAGGUCUUCCAACAGUUUCUGAGUUUGUUAAUAGUGCAAGUAAUGGCGAACCCGUAGGGUUCAAGCAAGGUUACUUGCCUCAGAAGAGUUUCGAGGAAGAAUCAGAUCAUGAGUAUUAUAAUGACUUCGAUAGAUUGCAGAGGGAAUUGCAGCCUUUGCAGAAGAAUAAAGAUGGAGCUAUUGUUUAAGUGGAAGUUGAGGGUGAUAUAAGUCUUGUACAAAAUUUUACGUACAAAUAUCCGAAAUGGCCUAAUGUACUUUCGAUGUGGAGGCGGGGCUGUGUCAAAUUUUCAUUUCUUGCUACUUAAUUAGUCUUAGGAAUAGAAACUAGCAUUUCACUGUCGAAUCGAUGACAAUAACUGAAAAGUGCCAUGUCAUGGCAUACGAGGUGUACAUAAUUUUUCCAUGAAUUUUGACGAUUUUGUAUAUAACUUUUAGUAUUUUAACCUUCUUGGGUGAGUUAUAGAAGGGAAGCGUGAUGUCAGUCCUAGAUAUUCUUGCCCAAACUGUCUGUGAUAAAUUUACUAUAGCUUACCUAUUGUAUAAAUGAUACAUUCAAUUAUUAUGAUAAUGUUGUGCACAAAAGUUGGAUCCUUUUAGAUUUUAUUAUUGAAUCUUUGAUGCAAAAUCUCAGAACAAUCUCAUUUGUACGUUAAUUUUAUUUAUCUAGUAAUAGUUGAACUUCUUCGAAAAUGUUAUUACUUAUUUUUGUUGUUAGCACUAAAUGUGUGCCAUUUUUUAUAUAUCAAAAGAGUGCCUUGUAAUUUUAUCGACAACCUCCCAUAGUUCUGUCAUAGAUAUUUUUAAUAAAACUUAUAUGAAUU